AUGAGUAACGCGAUCGACAAACCCCGCAAGGCAAUGUGUGCUGAGCUGCGGAGAGAUCACCCCUUCAGCCGUCCUGCUACCGCUCCGUCACAGCAGACGGGUAGUCAGGACCAGCCUCCGCUCCACAGUGCUGUUGCACGCAUGUCCAUACCUGGCGAGGUCACCAUCGAGGUCGGACCUGAUCGAGUAAAGUAUCGUAUGCUCGAGACCUUCCUUGGCCACCACUCCGAGUACUUCCAACGUGCGCUGAAUGGCACCUGGAGAGAGGCCUCCGAACGCGUCGUGGUACUCGGCAGCGACGUCGCGCCCUGUAUCUUCAAUCUCUUUGUGGAGUGGCUGUACACGCAGACACUGCCUACCUUGUCCCCGGACUGGCGCCGCAUUGCUGAUCCAUCGAACCCCUUCAGCGUCUCGGCCAAGAUGCUUCGCCUCAAGCUAUACGUCUUUGCCGACCGCUUCGUCGUACCGUUGUUGCGAAGGCAGCUCAACCGCGCCAUCGUCAACGACUACGACUCGGACUGCCCUGCCCUUGAGGAGUAUGAGACAAUCGCCUACGCCUUCCACAACUUGCCGCCUACCGACCCGCUGCUGGACCUCAUUGUCGACCGCUACUUUAUGGUGUGGAGGCUCGACCUUGACGAGGGAGAGGAUGAGGAAGCCUACGACACUCUACCACACGACUUCCUGUUGCGCUUCUACAAGAGGGUGGGCAAGUGGCGCAAAGACGACCUUCAGAACCGACACCAGCUGUUCAACAUGGACUUUUGCAGCUACCACGAGCACACAAACGAGCAGGACAAGUCGGAGUGUCCACACAAGACCCAGAGGAUGAAGGCAGGCCAGAGCUGGCUUCAGCGGGAGCCACGUUACCAGCAGCCAGCGCUCCAGACGAGCACCUGUUAG